AUGUCUCUCGAAAGAUUAAGACAACUGCCUGAAAACAGCGUGGGGAGAACAUACGCUGCGUGGCUUGACCGGGAAGGUGUCACCCCAGAUACGAGAGAUGCGGUACGGUACAUUGACGACGAAGAGGAGGCCUACGUCAUGCAACGAUACCGGGAAUGUCACGAUUUCUAUCAUGCUGUGACCGGACUGCCGGUCUGGGUUGAGGGAGAGCUUGGUUUGAAGGCGUUUGAGUUUGCAAACACUGGACUACCCAUGACAGGACUCAGUCUGGCUGCAAUUAUCCGGCUAAAACCACUGGAGAGGCAGAGGAUGUUCCAGAUAUUCCUGCCAUGGGCGUUCUCAAAUGGGUGGAAGAGCAAAGACCUCAUCAACGUGUACUGGGAGGAGGAGCUUGAGACGGAUGUUGGUGAACUGCGUCAGAGGCUCGGCAUCGAGCAGCCACCUGACCUGCGUGCGAUUCGGAAGAAACUGAGAGAGGAGCGCAGAGCUGCUAAGGCCUCUAGAGCACCCACAGGGGCAGCACCGACAUCUCCUUCCCCUCCUCGACCAGAGGUGCCGUCAUGA